CCGGAAGUAGAUUAUCUACCGUUCGCACAUGGUGAACAUGGCAGCGAAUGGCGAGAAACAACAGGGCCACAGAUCUGGCAUUUUCAAACAAAAGAAUAAAGAACACAAACAUGGCAAACAUCGGACGAAAGGGGAAAUUGAAAGAGAACACAAAGGGAGGGUGUCGGUGACGGUGCUUACCAAAAAACAGAGGAAGGAGCAAAAGAAGAUGGACAGAAGACACAAAGCAAACCAGAUACGCAGAAACAAAAAAGACAUGGUCCUGAUGGAAAAGCGGCGUCUCGGCACCAGGGACGGUCCUCCACACUUGGUCGCCGUCGUAUCCCUGCAUGCUGAAGCGGAUGCUGCAGCUGUUACCAAAUUGUUACGUGGAGACGGUGCUGGGGGCAUUGUGCAUCAAGAGCAAUGCGUCAGUGGUGUCAGUGACAGCUUUGGACUGAUUCUGCCUCGUUUUAAACAAAGGUUCACCUUUCUAAACCAGAGCACAGCUGACAUGCACUCCCUGUUAGAUGUGGUAAAGGUUGCAGAUAGUCUUGUGUUUGUGCUGGACUCUACUGAAGGUUGGGACACUUAUGGAGACCAUUGUCUCUCCUGUCUCUUUGCCCAAGGUCUCCCCAGCCAUGCUCUGGUUUGUCAGGGUGUGUCGGAAACUCCAGUGAAGAAAAGAGUUGAAUCCAGAAGAGCGUUGUUAAAGAUCACAGAAGUUCGGUUCCCUGAUGCUCGUCUCUUCCCUCUGGACUCGGAACAAGAUGGCAUUCUUCUUCUCAGACACCUUGGCAGUCAGAAACAAAGAAAGCUGGGUUUCCGUUCCAGACGUUCUCAUCUUUUAGCACAACAUGUCACUUUUACACCCAACAGUCCUUCUGAGGUGACGGGCAGUGGGCCCACUGGUCUUGGCACUCUCCGUGUCUCUGGGUAUGUUCGUGGUCGUGCUCUGUGCGUUGACAGACUUGUGCACAUCAGCGGGCAUGGAGACUUUCAGCUCAGCCAGGUUGAUGCUCCACCAGACCCUCUCCCUCUCAACUUAACACCAGCCAGAACAAAAAAGUCGGGCAAAGAAGGCGACUUUGAAAUGCAGGAUGGAAAUGAAAACGAGGUUCCGAUCAGGGUGCUCAUGAAAGCAGACCCUUCCUGCCAGGAGAGUCUGCAGUCAGAGGCCGAGGUGAACCCGAUGGACGGAGAGCAGACGUGGCCAACAGAGUCAGAACUGAUGGAAGCUGAAGAAGCCAGAAAGACUAAACGAGUGAUGAAAGUCCCCAAGGGAACAUCAGACUACCAGGCUACAUGGAUCGUUGAUGAAGAUGAAGAGGAGAAUGAUGACUUAGAUGAAGAAAGCAGUGAUGAUGAUGAUGACGAUGACAUAAUGGAUGAAGCCAUGGAGCGGGACGAUGAGGAGAAUGACUCUCAGGAGCCUGAUUCAUGCUGUGCUUCAGAAGAGGAGGAGGAAGUAGAGGUGUGCUCCACCGAGCGAGCUGGAGCCGAUCAGCAGUACGACGAACACAUGGAUGAAACAGCCGAAGAAGAAGGCCUGAAACGCUACAGAGAGGCUCGGUCCCAUGAGAUGUUUCCUGACGAGGUGGACACGCCUAUGGACACGCCUGCUAAAAUCAGGUUCCAACGCUACAGGGGCUUGAAAAGUUUCCGCUCCUCGCCGUGGGACCCCAUGGAGAACUUACCUCUGGACUAUUCACGCAUUUUCCAGUUCCAGAGUUUCGAACGCACUCGCCGACGCAUCCUGGCUGAGGCUACAUCGGAUGACGAGGGAGCAAUGGUCGGCUGGUACGUGACGCUGCACGUCACUGAUGUGCCUUUCUCCGUGAUGGAGAGCGUUCAGUCUGGCAAACCUCUGUUGUUGGUGUCUCUCCUGCCUCAUGAGCAGAAGAUGUCAGUGAUGCAUGUCCUGGUGAGGAGACACCCCAGCAACACUGAGCCAAUCAAAUCCAAGGAGGAGCUUGUGUUUCACUGUGGGUUUCGGAGAUUCCGGGCCAUGCCUAUAUUCUCUCAGCACACAUCAGCUGAUAAGCAUAAGAUGGAGCGCUUCCUCAAACCAGAUGCCCCCACUGUGGUGUCAGUGUACGCCCCCAUCACCUUCUCUCCUGCAGGGGUGCUGCUCUUCAAACAGAGGAAUGAUGGCGUCCAGGACCUGGUGGCCACGGGCAGUCUGCUCAGCUGUGACCCUCGGCGUGUUGUGCUCAAGAGGAUCGUGCUGAGUGGACACCCGUUUAAAAUUAACAGGCGUUCAGCUGUAGUUCGUUACAUGUUCUUUAACAGGGAUGACAUCAUGUGGUUCAAACCAGUGGAGCUACGGACAAAGUGGGGUCGGAGAGGCCACAUAAAAGAUGCUUUAGGAACACACGGUCACAUGAAGUGUGUCUUUGAUAACCAGCUGCGCUCUCAAGACACUGUUCUGAUGAACCUGUACAAGAGGGUCUAUCCUCGCUGGACAUACGACCCAUACGUGCCCCCACAGUUACCUUGGUUCAAGAGAGAGGUUACGGUUGAAUUGGAUGACUCGGACAUGGAAUAGUGAGAGAAUAAAGUCAGAAAUUUAAGAGAAGCAAGAUGUGUAUUCAACUGAACAUUAUCACAUUUAAAUAAAUAUAU